UCUGAAUAAAGUUACAUUCGAAGUAAAAGUAGCCGUAAUAAAUCACUUUUUAAAUAGCUCAAGGUCAUUUUGACGAGCGGAUUUGAUUUGUACAGUGUAUUCCUGCUACUACCGUGGACAUGACGGUCUCAUACUCAUCAAUCGUCGCGACUGCUAAGUACUGGACUUUCAUAAGGCUGUUGUUUAUGUGGAAGGGAAGUGUAUACCGUCUGGUUUGGUUCGAAUUUUUUGUUUUUAUUGGAAUAUACGCCGUUUUGUCGAUUACAUACAGAUUUAUAUUAAAUGAUAGCUUAAGAACGGGUUUUGAAAUACUGUGCAUCUAUUGCGGUAAGUACAAUGAAACAGUUCCUGUGGCGUUUGUCCUUGGUUUCUACGUCUCGUUAAUUGUUCAACGUUGGUGGGAACAAUUCUUAUCUUUACCGUGGCCUGAUCGCCUAGCAUUGUUUCUAACUGCGUUUUGUCAUGGGAACGCUGAACGCCCUACAAGAAUUAGACGAAAUAUUGUCCGCUACGUCAAUCUUUCUUACUGUAUUGCUUUACGUGCCAUCUCAUCUCGAGCUCGCCUACGUUUUCCAACAGAAGAACACCUUGUUAGUGCAGGUCUAAUGACGCAAGAAGAGUUGGAUAUUUAUCGUAAUACUCAGCCGUCUAAUUACACUUUAUAUUUUGUCCCACUUGUCUGGGCACUAGACAUGAUAACAAAAGCUCGUGAAGAAGGAUAUAUUCAUUUUGAUAGAGCUGUUGAAAUUCUAACCACUGAGAUAACAGGAUUUCGUGGUAAAUUAGGUACAAUAUUUAGUUAUGAUUGGGUUAACCCACCACUUGUAUAUACUCAAACUGUUACAAUAGCUGUGUACGCAUAUUUCGGUACAUGUUUACUUGCAUGGCAGUAUUUGGAUCCGGCUAAAAAUUAUGAAGGUCAUGAUGUUGAUAUAUAUGUGCCAAUCUUCGGUCUCCUACGUUUCUUCUUUUAUAUUGGAUGGCUUAAAGUAGCUGAAUCAUUAAUUAAUCCAUUUGGAGAAGAUGUUGAUGACUUCGAGAUUGAAUACUUGAUUGAAAGAAAUUUACAUGUUUCUUAUCUUAUUGUUGAUGGAAUGCAUCAUGAACAUCCUGAUCUUGUGCGUGAUGCCUUCUGGAAUACAACAGAUAUUGUAUUACCCGAUUGGACAAAACAUGGAUCUGAUGUUGCAAAUGCAGAAGGCGAUUUAGAUGUAAAUGAAAGUGGAGAUAAAUUUGCCGGUUCAUUGGCAAAUUUAGACGUAUGUGAACGUAAGUCAAGUACAGCGGUUUGGAAUAGUGCAAAUUUGCACAGACGAAGAACGUCUUCAGCGAGUAUUAACACUAGAGACCAUACUGCUUCACAAGAAAUCGUUGAUGUAAAUGGAACAAGUGAAAAAUCAGGUGUAUGAUUAGUAGAUGAACUAUCGCCUUAUUGAGUAAACAAAAAAUCUCCGCAGGUAUGACAGAGCACUUGCUACUUCACUACCAAUAAUAACAAAAAUAAUUGAUCUAAUAGAUCUUCUCUAUACAAACUACUGAAAUAUUCCAUUUAGGUAGAAUAUUCUCAAAACUUCCAGAUAUGCAGUUUCUUUAUCGUUUUGGUGUAGCCUGUCCAGCAUAUAUACUGCUACUUAUAUAUAUAUAUUUUAAUAAUACAAUUUAUUUUUUAUAUUAGACAAGUCAAACCGAUGACUCUCUCUCUCUCCCUCCCUCCCUCCCUUUGUCUCCAUUUCAUGCGUGUAACAUAUCGUAUUGGUUAAUGAUGUUGCUGUGAUUAUGACAAAAUACAAAACACAAGAACAUAUCUAUUUCUUACUGGAUCUUUAGUUGAAUUCAACCUUUAAUUGUUGUGUUUAAAUGUUUGUUCAAGGGGACAGACAUUCCACUUCUUGAUAGUGUCAGGUCAAAGACAUUUUCUGCUUCUAUUUUUCAUUGCUGAUUUCUAAUUUUGUGACGUUUAUUUAGAAAUUUUGGUUACUCUUGGUAUCUCUUUUAUACAAGUGCUUAGCAUCGCCUAAUCUAUUCCCCUUUCUUUCAUUAUAUAACAUCUUGUAAAUAAUGUGAGCUAACCUACGGUAGACGGUAUUUUGAGUGUGAUUCCUCAAAAUCAUUGUAUAUUAAAUAUAAAAUAUUAGUCAUACACUUUUUAUUUGUGUUUAUUUUUUUUUAAUUAUUAUUUAAGAGUUGAAUGUCUGUCAGUG